UUUUUGUUUUUUUUUUUUGAAAGGGAAGGCGAUUGCUGACAAGGGAAAUCGUGAAAACAGCGUUCUUUUAGGAGAACAAAAAGAACGAGUAAUGUUUGACGAUUGAUUUUAUUUUCUUGUAUCAAUUCGUUUUUCUCCUAAAAAACUAGACUUGUUUUGUUUUAAAACAAAUACGGGGUAUGAUAUUAAUAUGGCUUGUUUAUUGUAAAGCGAUGCGGUGGAAAUUGUAAAUAAUUAAAGCUUUUAAUAGGGCACACUGAGUUAGCCUUAUAAAAACAACUGGUCAGAAAAUAUAAUCUUCGUCUUAAACAGUAGACGUGGGUUGCUUGAAUACUGCAUGAAGUUCUGAUCAAUUCAUUAUGGUUAAUUGUAAAGAUUGCAAUUCGUUCUGUAAAUAGUGGAAGAAUUCAUUUAAAUUAGUAUUAUUAUUAAUAGUAAGCAGUUAGUGCUGUUUAGGAAGCCUGUCAAGGUGCAGAACGGCUCCAUGGUGUUGCGCAAGCUCCUCAGGAAGCGUUGGGUUCUCGGGGUCGUUUUUGGACUGUCCCUCAUUUACUUCCUGACCAGCACACUCAAGCAGGAGGAGAGGACUGUACGAGACCGGGUCCUUCUGCAAGCCAGGGACCCCGACCACCGCAUUGACUGGAAAGUGCACUUUAACUUGGGAAACAGCAGCCGUCAAAUCAACCAGUGUAGGAACUCCAUCCAGGGCAAGGUUCUCCUCACAGACGAGCUGGGUUUUGUCUGUCAGCGGGAGGAUCUGCUGGUGAACGGCUGCUGUAAUGUCAAUAACCCCAGCACUAGCCAGUACCUCUGCAAGAGCUGCUUGUCCAAUGGCUGCUGUGGUGUUUAUGAGUACUGCGUUUCCUGCUGUCUGCAGCCAGACAAGCAACAGCUUCUGGAGCGCUUCCUGAAUCGAGCAGCAGAAGGCUUUCAGAAUCUCUUCACAGCUGUCAAGGACCAUUUUGAAUUGUGUCUGGCCAAGUGUAGGACCUCCUCCCAGAGCGUUCAGCAUGAGAAUACCUACAGAGAUCCCAUGGCCAAGUACUGCUAUGGGGAAAAUCCACCAGAACUGCUCCCAAUUUAAUUCUGAAGUCUUCUGUCAAUCAAGGAUGGAAAACGUUACGUGUACACGCACAAGGUGUGGGAACUGGUGAAGAGAAGUACCACGUGGGAAAACACCAUCUCAUCCUCAUUUCUUAAAUAGCUGUGACUCAUCCAGGCAGUAUUAACCUGUCCACAUGGAUCCUGAACAAUUGCAGCUGGCUCUUCCUGCUUGCCAUUACACUGUCAAAGGUGGGGACUGUACUGUGCAUACCCACGUCAAGCAAAAUAAAUAUCUCACUUCAGUAGGACUGCAGCAAAGUGUCUGGUAGACCACCCACCCACUCAACGUAGUUCCUUCAGAACUUUUUAUUCUAAAAAUAUUAAAAAAAAAAAAAAAAAAAAAACAAGGUCAGGGAGUUCAUUAGUGGAGGCAUCCAUACAUACUGCAUGUCACACUUCAGAGUUUUCUAGAUUUCUAAUGAACAGCUUGCCCAAUUGUCAUGAGACAGAAAUCCAGAGGAUGUGGGUGUUUUCGGUUCACAGUAAGGCCUUUUGGACGACAGCCCGAUGCAAAGUAAUGAAAGAAAAAUGUUACAGUUCCCAAUUUCAUUUUGCCCAAGCCAUUCGUUUUCUUUGAUGCUCAUUAAUUUGUUGUCUCGUUAGGGGAAGACAAUGGACUUGACAUCUCUGCACUAGGGAGCAUGUCCCAUUCAGAGCGCUCCCACAACACCGCCCCUGUGUCUGCUGCUUGUAUGUGACGCUUUUCUGCUAAAUAGGAAGAUUUUAUUUGGGUCUUGGAUAAGUUUGGCAUUGGCAAGGGAAAUAAUACAAAAGCAAUUCAUCUUCUUGACUGCAAAAAAAAACAAAUCUGCAUUUUAAUUAGAAAUUAAUAUAAAGCAGAUCAUAUGUUUAUGUGGUGGUGUUUUGUUUCUGAUAAUUUGAUUAAUGACUUUAUAAAGAGUUUUUUUAAUCAGUGAGAAAACUUUCAGCAUGUGUGUAGCUGUGUUUUCAGCCUGCAUCAAACUGCGUAUAAUGUAAAUCAGGGUAUUAAAAGUACAGCAAGGCAACUCA